AUGUCGCGCUCAACCCCCAGAAAGUCGUCAUUGGGGUACAUCUUAUCUCCCGUCUCGCCCAAAUUCCCCUCGGACAUCCAAACAGCCCAACCUCGCCAAUCACCCUCUGGCUUCAACAGUCCUUAUGCCCCUUCGCUACCCAAUCUUCCGGAACCCAUCCUCUCGCUCAUCGCCUAUCAGCUCGUCCUCUCCUCCCGUCCGUCAGCGCUCCUCCCACUUCUUCUAUCUUGUCGGGCAGCAAACUCCGCUCUCUCCUUCUCGACCAAUCCAAAGCUAUACCACGACCUCUACCUGGCGACUUUCGACAGCGCGGCCAUCUAUCGGCGGUAUGCGUGGAUUAGUGAUGCCCUUUCACGGCAGUCGGGAGGCAAAAAGCGGGCUUACGACCUCUUUGGACCGCCCAAGGCGCUAGCGGAGGACUUCAAGGCGAGGUGGAGGACCAGAGGGCGACUGAGGGAGGUCGUCAACUUCAAGUCGCUCGAUGGGGAUCCUAAUAGUACAAGGGCGGAGCGCUUGAGGGGGUCGUUCAUGCCGGACCUGUGGACGGUGUGGUUCUUGGUCACCGAGAGCGACGGUCGAAAUGCAGCGUUCUUGGAAGAUGAAUGUCUCUUCAAGGCCUGGCUCGGAAUCUACUACGACGACCGGAUCAUCAAAGACGCCCUCUCGCCUGGCUAUCCCGAGGUCAGCCCGGAGGAUGCCUUGGGGAUGUGGUCUGCUCUGCUCUCUGGUAUAGAUCUGAUCGAGCACUCGACCCCAAAACAGCUAGACGAGAAGAUCUUCAUGCUCCGACCAUACGUCUUUGCCUGUGCCAAGUACGACAUCAGUUUCGGACCGUGGCAUCAUCGCCAACUUCCUCUCUGCCCUCCAGGCUGCACCUGUAAUCAGCACGACGCCGAGCUAUCGCACGGAACAAACACCCUCCCAUAUGAGCGAUUCGGGUAUACCUGGCGUCGGGCUCCACCUCAUUUCGUCCCCGUCGCAUACUUUGUCUUCAUGAGUCUCCUCCAGCUCCAAGCUUCGAACCUUCGCGCACACCAAGCACCCUCUCACCUACUCAAUCCCCCUCUACGCGGUAUCUUCGGAUCGGCCAUCGUCACCCCCUCACACCUCCAUGAUCGGGAAUGGCAACGCAACUCGGUCUGUCAAGACCCGCACACCUCCGCCGGACUCCCCGCUACCUCCUUUGUCGGCGCGCUCGCCGGGGGCUGGAAGGGACAUUUCCUGUUCUACAGCCUGGAACAGUACCGGCAGGUCGUGGCUGGGGACAUGCGCGCCGUAUACACUGGGGAGUUCGCGGCGCAGAUUAUGGAGAUGAAGCUCACGGAGACGGUAAUCAGGGUGCGGAAGGGGGAGGAAGGGGGUAAAGGGGGAAUGGCGAGCGCGGGUUUCGAUGAAAUGGAUGAUGAGGAUCCAGAUGUGGAUGGGGAGAAUGCGGAGCAGAGGCGCGUGCGGAUGGGCUAUGGCUAUGAGGUGGUGCAUCCGGAUGAGGAGGAUGAAGAGGGGUGGACCAAGGAGAUACUGUUGAGUGGGAGGGCGAAGAGUAACUGGGGAUGGGCGAGGUUGAGGGGGAGAGUCAGGGCCUGGGAUGGAUUGGUGUCGCUGUGUAUGACAUAUGAGGUGAGUCUACAUCCCAUGGGCCGGUGGUUGUGGCGCGGGUACAUCCACACAGGCGGAUACCUCCUUGGCCGGUGGAGAGACACCUUCACACCGGCGCAUGCACUAGGGCACGAAGGGGCAUUCGGUCUUGUCCGCGCGGAUGAUGUGUUCCAGGGGACAUCGAGGCCAAACACCGGCGAGACACAAGCAUCGAGGGUGGAAGAGGACGUGGUCAUGGGAUAG